AUGGCUUCUCGGCGUCAGCAGCGAUAUGCAGAACCGCAUCAAAGAUUUUCAGAGCCGCGAUAUGCAGAACCGCAUCAAAGAUUUUCAGAGCCGCGAUAUUCACGGUCGCCAUCGCGGCGAUAUUCACCGCCACCACCGCCGCCCGAAGUUGUAGGAAGAUCGUUCAUACAGAUAGGUCAUCCAAAUGCCCGCGAAGCAGCUCAAUACUACGUGACCUAUCUCGGCGCUGAAAGGAUUGUUGAACGUGUACACGUUCAUGAGGAGAGUUUUAACCAAGGGGUUUACAAAAACUCCUUCGUAUCUGUUGUGUUACGAAUCGGUGGCCAAACAAUGGAGGUAACCGAUGCUCAUCAAGGGCCUCAAGGGUUCAUCGGUAGAAGAAGGAUCACUCAUCAAAUAGGGAGAGAACCUCAACAAUAG